AAACAACUUCCUUAUUUCCUUGUGAAAACAAGUACAUUAUGCUUUCUCUUUACAAAUAGCUUUCCGUUUAAUUCAAAGUACCAAAAAGAUCAUGUCUGAAUAUCAGAGUUCGUUGUUUGCAGGAAUGAAUGUGGGAAGAAAAAGGUCAAAAAAAGUUGAUAAAGACGAGAGCUCUCAAGAUGGAGAAGCUAUUUCCUCUGACAAUGAUAGCGUGCCAACUGCAAGGAACUCUUCAAGCAGCACAUCCCAAUUUAGUUUCAUUUCAGAAACUAUUAAAUUCAAAGAAAACAAUAGUGAACUAGUAAAUUCGCCGUCUCUGAUCGACUGUUUUGAAAUGGGCAAUGAAGAACAACCCAAUGCUGAUCAAUUGUCAGUGUCCUAUGUGGAUCAGUUGGCAGAGAUUUUACCAAUGACAGCCCCUCUGCCAAACACAGAGAAUGCUGAAGAAACAGGGGAAGUUCGGCAGUCAAUUACAUAUAACUUAGACAAUAAAUUGCACUGUAAUGUGGAAAGAGAUAAGCAUGAGGACAACCAACAAAUUGACAAUGAAAGGGAUUUUAAAGUGAAUAGUGACAAUACAAAAGGGGACAGUACGCCAUCUGAUGGUGGACAAAAAAUUAAGUCAUAUGAUGUUGAGCUUCUUCCUGAAGAUCAUUUACAUUUAUUCAAUUCACAACACUCAUAUAAAAUAGGGCUUUUAAGGGAAGAUAUGACGGAACUUCAAGAUAAAAUCAAAGCUGUUUACACUGAUCUAAAGAAUGACAUGACCUUGUUGCAAGGUAAACUAUCAAAACUAAGAAUGGAAUUCGAGAAAGCCUUAAGUGGUGACGACUACGAUUUGGCAGCAGAAAUAAAUGAUCAAAUCGAAGAAAUGAAUGGAGAAAAGCUUGCAUUAGGAAAUGCCAGAGGAUUGAUCGAACCAAAGAUUGUUGAAUAUCUUGUAAAGUUAGAUGAACUAAGAGAGCGAGAAAAAGAAUUUCAUUCGUGGGUGUUGAUAAAAUAUCAAUCUCUGUAUGAGCAACAGAAUAUGCUGUUACAGAAGCAUGGAGAUGAUUAUUCCAACGAAAUAAACAAAGAAAAAGAUGAUCUAGCGCGAGAGAAGGAUAAAUUGGAACGUUCUUUGGAACAUUUACACUUAGAUAAAGAACAUUUAGACAAAGAUAAGGCAGAUUUGGACAACAGAAUAAAUGCCAAACUUGAGGUAUUUCUGACAAAAAAGGAUGAUUUGGUAAACAAAAAGUCUGAAUUGGAAGUUGAGAUCUCGGUUUUGGAAAAGAAACUGAGGCUGCUAAAUGAAGAAAAAAUUACCAUUGAUAGUUUAAUAAGAAUUGAAGAUGACAAAAUAGUUGUAGGAAGGAAAGAAUUUCAAGAUAUCGAAGCAAAAUUGGAUGAAGAAUGUAACAAGGUCCUACAAAAGGAAGAAAACUUGAAUAUGAGAUUGGACGAAAUAGGGAAAAUAGAAAAUGAUUUGGACGAACGUUUAAGUGAACAAAAGAAAAAGGAACAAAGUUUUUUGGACAACUUAAAAAAUCUACAAUCGAAGAAAGAACAAUCGGAAGAAUUCCUUCGAGCAAUACAAAACGAUAAAAAAUUUACAGAAAUAUUUCCAAGUGGCCUGAAGCCUCAGGAUUGCGGUGAUGAUCUUGUCAAGUUGCAAAAAAUUGAAAAUGUCAAAGCGCAAGAGUUGGAAUCUUUAGAAUUACAUGUUUUCAAUAAAGUGCAACUUUUAUCGUCAAAAAGAAAAAGGAUGAACGAGAUUCAAGAUCAGCUUCCACGUCUUGACUUGACGAAAAAAGACGCGGUACACGAACGUAAUUUUAAAGAGGCAAAGCGGAUCAACGAGAUGAUGAAAGCCUUAAAUGAAGAAUUUGAAACGUUGGUCAAAGACGUCAAAGAUAAUGAGACCGAAGUGAAGAUGGAUGAAGAAAAAAUCAAAUUAUUAAAAGAAGAGAACGCGUUAGUGAAGAAGAAUGUCUUAGAAGCAAAACAUAACUAUGAAUUGACCACAAACAUCCAGCUUGCAAAACGGAUGAAAAGAUUCUCGAAAAUCAACACGGACGCAAUCAAUGACGAUUUUCUUCACGCUCUAAAGGAAGAAGAAAUAGAUUUAAUCAAGACCGAACUUGGGUUGUUGGAUGAACCGUCCGAGGAAAUUUUGUCAACACUCAAUAAAGAUGAUGCGGAGACAAUAGAGUUUAUGAAACAAUUUCUCACAUCAUGAAGAUAAAAUCCAUUAUAUUAAAGUAUCUAAAUUUGAA